CCAAGCUAGUAUAAACGGUCUGGUUUUUAGCCGCUCAUUUGUUAGAAUUUCUCGUUUACGCGUAUUGCUUUCUUCUUUCCUUUAUUUCACGAUCACCGAUUGGAAAGCAUCGAUUCGAGAUAGAUAUUUAAUAAAAGUUUCGGUAAGAGAAAAGGAAAAUAAGAAAGAGUAGUGCUUUUCUCUCGCGAAGAGACCGAAGUAAAAGCUAGGAGAUUUUCUGGAUCUUGAAGGUACGACUCGAAAGAAAAAAAUGUGGCAUCCCAAAAGCACCCAGAUGAAAGAAUGUGUUACAGAGGACGACAAGGAACACAGGCGGCGAAAGUACAAUAACGACAACAACGACGACGACGACGACGAUGACGACGACGAUGACGACGACGACAACGACGACGACGACGACGACGAUGACAACGACGACGACGACGACGACGACGACGUCGGUUGUAAGUACGAAGACGAAGCGGGCAACAUAGAUUCCGGAUUCCUGUCGGGCGGCAAUCUGCAGUUCAGCGGCGAGAUUAGCGGCGAUUCGGGGUUGCUGCACUCGCAGGAAGAGUGGGAGGAGAGGAAGGAAGUGAAGCAGGAGAAACGGGUCACGGCGACAACAGCGGCAUCAUCAUCAUCAUCAGCAACAACAACAGCGAUCGCAAUUGAGGAAUCAAUGAAGGCGAUCGAUAGUGGUGUAGACCUCGACCUCACCGAAACCCUGAAUCAGCUCAGCCUGAAGCAGGUCAAUUUAAACCCGCUCGCCGUCAAGGGCAAACUGAUCCAGGCUGAGUUGACGACCCCCAAAUUAUUGCCUGUGACGCGGAACAACAAGGACAACACCAAGUUCGAGCAGCAUCACCAACAAGCCAGCGAUGAAGAACAUACGAGUAAUGAGGAACCCUGGCAGCUGUACUAUACGCAAGACAACGACGGUGACACGCAACUGCACAUCGCGAUCGUGCAGGGCUUCAUGGAGGCUGCGUUUUGUUUAAUAAGGAUGGUCCCUGAUCCGUGUCUAUUAGAUAUCAUGAACUACGACUGGCAAUCACCCUUGCAUCUGGCUGUAUUAACGCAUCAGCCACUAAUCGUCAGGCGAUUGAUUUUGGCAGGCGCAGAUCUAUCCCUAAGGAAUUUUCAUGGAAACACAGCCCUUCAUCUGGCAUGCAAAAACGGAGAUUUUGCUUGCGCUAAGGCUCUUACAGAUCCAUUAUCCUCGAUCGAAAGGAACAAAUUAAUGCCUGGACAGAUAAUACCCGCCUUACCUCAGAAUUUGGAACAACGUAAUUAUAGCGGUGAGAUGUGCCUGCACGUGGCUGCCACCAAUGGAUACGUGGAUCUGGUACGACUUUUGUUGCGUUUAGGGGCUGAUCUCAAGGCGAAGGAGGGUCUGGCGGGAUACACGGCACUUCAUCUCGCAGUGGAGCAUCAGUACUGGUCAUUGUUCGAUUUUCUAUUACUGGAAUGCCAACGAGCGUCGUGUCUGAAUGAUCGAACAUACGGUGGUAGAACAGCUUAUCAACUGAGCUUGAAUGUCAACACUGAGUUCACCAAGAAGGCACGCAAAGAGCUAAUGCUAUAUGGCGCGAUGCGGGAACCAUUACCGGAAGAAUCAGAUUCCGAAAACAGCGAAGACGAAGAAACGACAUCGUGGAUGACGGAUUACUUGCCUGCCAUCGUCAAGACGCAAAAUGCGAUCGGAGUGACAGUCUAAAGUAUCCAUCGAUAUUUAAUUUAUCGAUUAAUUUGGGCGCUAGAUAAUUACAAAAAGAUAAAAAAAACAAAACUAUUGCAUAUGCACAGAAAAUGUAUCUCGAAUCAGAUUAACCUAUCAAUAAUGUUUUUUAAUCUAUCGAUUGAUACAAUCGGUGAUGUGAGAAAAUUUGCCAGACGAGAAAAAGAUUAAAAUUAUGUCUCAU